AUGUCGACAGUGCAGGAUGGCGGACAUCAAGAAAGCGGAUCUUCCAGCCUAGACUCUCAAAACGGCCACCAAGACGACAUUGAGAGUAUGUAUCAAUACUCUCAGCUGCUCAGCUCUGGCAAUAUUCGCUUGCUUCGUCUGCUACCUCAUGGUGAUAAAUAUGCCCCGCUUCAGUGUCAACUGUUUGACUACCCCAUGCAGGAGCUGGAGGAUGGGCCACAUAUGUAUGAAGCCUUGUCAUAUGUCUGGGGAAGUUCAGAAAAGCCUCACACUGUCUUCGUAAAUGGAAAUACUAUGGCUAUUACUUCAAACCUUCAUGAAGUGCUAGUACGCCUUCGAGAUCGAGUGAUCGAGCGAGUAUUGUGGAUAGACGCCAUCUGUAUUGAUCAAAGCAACACUACAGAGCGCGGAGAACAAAUCAGGCAUAUGGCAGAGAUAUAUUGCAAGGCAAAUCGUGUGACUGUCUGGCUUGGCGAAAGCGCAGAUGACAGCGAUCAAGUUCUCAAGAGCAUACGAAUGGCUGCGGAUGAAGAAGUCCCUAGGGCUUCCGAUAACACCGUUGAUGGGCAGGCUAUUUUAACCAUGCUGAAGCGACCGUGGUUUCGGCGCAUAUGGGUGCUCCAAGAAAUUGCUGCCGCUCAAAAUAUUGUCAUUAUGUGUGGCUCUACGAGGAUUGAUGGAUAUGCCUUUAGUUUAGGGCUACCAUCGCUUCUCUCCUACGCAGACAUCCCAGACCAUAUACGCUCAGUAACAUAUCUUAUGAGAGGCUCCAUAUUCCGACCGAAAUACAGCUUCAAUAUGUCAGGCGAUGUAUCAUUGGAUAUACGCCCUCUCGGCGAGCUCAUAGACAUGUACCACGCUCAAGAAGCUACUGAGCGCCACGACAAAAUCUUUGCUCUGCUGGGUAUGAGUUCAGACAACCUGGCUACCGCUGGACUGGUACCGAACUACACAAUUUCCUGGGACAAACUUAUGGCGCAAGCUGUCAGGUUUAUACUUGGCGAGGAUGUGCUUAUCAAGACUUGGGCACACCUGCAAGCAGCGGUUAUAUCUGCCAAGGGCCAUGUAAUUGGCAGUGUGACUUCAGUUCGAUCAACCGAGGGCACUUACCGUAACGACAGGCAAAUCUUGAAUAUUAAAACAAAGGACAAUACCAGUCUCUCGUGGACAGUUCAAGCUACAGCAAAACCGAUCCAAGUUGGUGAUAUUUGCUGCCACCUAUCUGGCGCUGCAAAACCAAUGAUUAUCAGAUCAUAUACAGACUAUUUUUCGGUAAUAAUGACUGGUUUCAUGCCUCCAAAUUAUGACGAAGUGCAAAGUGCAAACUUCGAUUCAUCACAAGAGCCGUCUACGCGUGAUCUUCUUCUCAUAUGGGAUUGGGAAACUUCCUCUGACAAGAUGUCAGAUGGAAAAUAUGAAACAUGGUUGAGCAGCCGAGUGCCCGGAGACCAACACGAACAAUCAGAAUGUCAACCUGACAAACAGACUCGUUUGUGGAAUGCAGUUAUGAUCAUGAGCGAUGCAGGGAGCAACAAAACUCUUGUCAUUGACACGCUUAAAGAAAUGAAAGAAACUUACACAAGAGAUUUCGGAGAAGCGGAUCCACGUACAUUGGCCUGUAUGAGCAAACUAUCUCUAGCGUACGGCAGAGCUGGAUAUAUCUGGGAGGCAGAAAUUGAGUUUUGGUGUAUGAUUUGGGCCAGGAUGGACUUGCAGGAUGGAUACCAAAACGUCAUCAGAGAUCUAAGCAGCUUUGGAGCAAUGUGGAAAGGCUAUAGCCAAUCUUACAGAGCCACGAAUCUGGAGAAGACAGCGGACUUACUAAGAUCACUUGGGAGUUUUUCGCUUACAGCGGAGGAAGUGGUCGAAGCAAUUAGGGCCAUUUAUCCAGAAAUAGCCAUAUCUCUCGUGAGACGGAGACUCAGAAACAGCCGAAGGGUUAGACCAACGGCUACGGGAGCCGAAGAGAGAGCCAGAGAUAUACGAAAAGUCAAUCAGCAUUUUGCUCGGAAAAGUCUGGAUACGGAAAACGUAGAAGGAUUACUUAUGGAAGCUAUCGAACAAGGAAAUGUUGAAGCGACAUUUCUCUUGCUUUGCCAAAAAGAAGUUGAGGUCUCAGAAGACAUGGUUACAAAGGCGAUAAAGAAAUACGACGAUUCAACAGCCUGGUGCUUGCUCGGAAGAGAAAAGGGUGGCAUUCAAAUCACAGAAAGAGUCGUCAUUGCCGCAGCGACAAAAAGCAGCGAGUCAGUACUACAGUACCUACUCGAAAGACACAGAGACAAGGUUCUCAUUACAGAAGAAGUGGUCUUUGCGGCAGUGCAGAACAAAGAACGCUCGGUAUUAAACUAUCUGCUUGAGAGGUGGGGCAGCGAGACAUUGAUCACGAAAAAAGUGGCCAUCGCAGCAGCAAGGAACGAGUUUUUCCCCGCACUGAAAAUUCUACUUCAUGAAAAGGGGAGCGAGAUUGAAAUCACAGAGGACGUGGUCCUGGCUGCGGCAUUUAACAGGGAAAAGACGGUCUUGCACAUGUUGUUGCAGGAGAGAGGAGAUGAGAUCCAAAUCACGACAGCGGCGAUUCAAGCUGCGAGGAAAAAUGGGAAUAACUUGGCGUUGCAGUAUUUGCUAAAUAAAAAGAGGGAACAGAGAGGAAGCAGUGCCAAAGAUAGUAGCGGAUAG